AUGGCUAGUCAAGAGGGUCUAUCCUCUGUUAGAGCACCUUUAUUUGAUGGUUCUGAUUAUGCCUUUUGGAAUAUCAGAAUGAAAAGGCAUUUAACCUCUUUAGACUAUAAAGUUUGGUUUGCAGUUGAAAAUGCUUAUACUUCCACUACAACACCUUCCACUCCUAAUGAGGAGAAGGAAUAUGAAUGUGAUGCCAAAGCCUUUAAUGCAAUUUGUUGUGGCUUAACUAAUGAUGUUCUAGUUAAAAUCAUGGACUGCAAAAAUGCUAAAGCUGUUUGGGAUAAACUCUCACAUAUCUAUGAGGAUUAUUUUUUGAGAGUUCAAAAAGUUGUGAACUCUAUGAGAGGUCUUGGUGAAGAUUUGAAAGAACCAGUUGUGGUUAAAAAGGUGUUAAGGUCACUAACACCUAUAUCUGAUUCAAAAAUCUCUGCCUUAGAGGAAAUAGAUAUUAGCAAAGUCACAUUAGAUGCUUUGCGUGGAGUCUUCAUUGCUUAUGAAAUGAGGAUCAAUGACAAUUGGUCUACUAGCAAAGAGUUUGCCUUUAAAUUUGUCAAAAAGGAUAGUGACAGUGUUUGUGAACCUGAAAACUUCGAUGAACAUGACAUGGCCUUUGUAAAUAAACUAAGAAGAGGGUCGAGCAAAUAUAAAGGGAAAUUACCUUUUAAGUGUUUCGAUUGUGGCAAGAUUGGAUAUUAUGCCUCUCAGUGUCCAAAUAAGGAUCUUGAUAGUGAAGAUGAGGAUCUUAGAAAAUCGGGAAAGAAAAGUUCUCUAAUUGCAAGAAGAAAAAUGUCUUCAAAAAGAAGAAAAGUGACUCAAGGAAAACUGAAUGGCAAAGAAAAAGAAUGCUGUUCUUUAGAAGCAGAAAAUGUUAAUCUUCAAAAGAAGCUUGACAAAUCUUGCAAAGACAAGCAGUUUUCCGAAGGACAAUCCUCAAAGCAAGUUGAAGCUGAGAAGGAGAAGUCCAUUGACAAGAAAAGAACUGUGAGGUUUGGAAAUGAUCACUGUAUUCAGAUUAUAGGCAAAGGCACUAUGUUACUUGACAAUGAAACUCCAGUGCAUGAUGUGUACUAUCUUGAAGGAUUGACACAUAAUUUGCUUAGUGUGAGCCAAAUUUGUGAUAAUGGCUUCCAAGUUUCAUUCAAUGCACGAGGAUGUGAAAUAAGAAAGAAAUCAGUUAAAACCAUAGCUGCAGGUUUCAUAACAAAUGGUAAUAUCUAUAAUCUUUAUGAGAGCAUAAACAACAAAAAGUAA